AAAAUCUUUGCUGCUGCAUUAGAACGAAAUAUCAUUCCAAACGUUCUUGUUAUUAUCCUAUUUUUGUUUCGAGCAUAUAUAUAUAUAUAUAUAUAUUCAAUUUCGUUGCCCUUAAUUUGGUGUCUUAUAAACUUCUUCAGUUCUUGUACUAGAUUGGUUCUUGCGCUUCUUUGCUCUUUUGGCGAGGGAAGAUUGAAGAUGGAUAGAAAGACAUGAGAGACGCACACAAACAAACAGAUAUAUUAUAGACAGAUAUUAGUUUUCAUAAAAUGAGUUGAGUAGGAGAUGGCAGAGUUUCCAGGAUAUUUCCGUUACUGCUUGAACACAGGGAAACUUCUCCUUUUAGCAGUUUUGGUCUCUGGAGGUGUUGUCUUGCAUAUUUUGGCAUGUGCGUUAUAUAAAAAUUGGUGGCCAAUGCUAACUGCGAUAACAUAUGUGAUUCUUCCAAUACCUUUGCUCUUCUUCGCGGGAUCUGAACGUUCUUCUGUAUUUUCUGAAUCAGAUAACACCUGGAUGAAUGCAACCAAGUUCUUAAGUGGGGCAUCAGCUGUGGGAAGCAUUGCCAUUCCAGCCAUAUUAAAGCAUGCUGGUGUUAUCAGUUGGGGAGCCCUUGCUAUGGAACUCUCUUCAUUCUUUGUGUUUGUAUCUGCCAUAAUGUGUUACAUAAGGAUGAAUGAUGAAGAUGAUUAUAGUGUUCUUUGAAGUCAGGGUGAGGGCAUGAGAGGCUUGCUUCUUCCUGUCAAAAAAAAUGUAUUUAUUUACUUUGCAGUUGAUUUUUGUUUGUAGGAGCGUCAUCACCUUUAGAUUUUUUUCACAAUAAAUUCAUCACCUUUAACCCAUUUGAAACGAA